AUGGACUUUCGUUUAUUGCUUGUCAUCCUCCUCUCCGCCCUCCUGACAUCUGCUCUCCCGGCCGAAAUCUCUCACGAAGAAAAGGCCCUGAUAACUCCUGCUCCGACACCAACCCUCGCCAUCUAUGCGGAUUAUGCAGCCGUGAGACGGGGAAUUCUCAGUGAUAUCACUGCAGACCUAGAUUCCUAUGUGAACAGCAUAUUCAGCGAGCUUGGAACUGCCAUCCCUUCAUACGUCUCUGAUGGCCUGUUUCCCAACUUUCAGAAUCUACCCACUGGUAGUGCCGUAGCCAGCUCAGUCGGUGCAAAGAGUACCGACCUGGCUGCUUCUCCUACUCAGGUGCUUAACAUACCUGGCUAUGGCAACUGGACGAGCAAUGGCUGGAAUCUGCGUGUCCAUGGGAAUGUCUACAAAGAACCAAACAUUUCAAACGCCACAGUCGACAAACUGGCCAAUUUCUUCUUGAUCGACACCAGUGUCGCUGAUCUACCACCUUCAGAACAAGACCAAGCCAGAAAUCUCACGAGAGAAAUCUACGUCGUCCAACAGGCCAAUCAAUCAGUAACUAUGGACCUCCUUCCCGGUCCCGAGUUUGGCUCGAGUGGACAGCCUGGAGGAGGGGGCGGAGUAACUCCAGCUGGGGGUGAAGAAACUAUUACUUUGCCAUAUCUGACCACACCAGAGGGGGAUUUCGAUGUGUUCGUGCCUGUUUCAAACUCAUCAUUGAGCCUGGCACCUGGAGUGGGUGACGUUCCACCUCAAAGACUGAACGUGUAUGCUCAGGGCACAUUAUCGGGUAACGCUACAUCCUACCUGGUAUCCGACCAAGGCUUCACCAUAGUCAGCGAUAUCGAUGAUAUUCUGCGAGUGACAAAGAUUUACGAGCCAAAGCAAGGAUUGCUCAAUACCUUUGCCAAACCGUUCACGCCCUGGAUGAACAUGCCAGAGAUAUAUGCGAAUUGGUCCAAUAGCAUACCCAACAUGCACUUUCACUACCUAACGACAACCCCUGAGCAAGUGACCCGCAACUAUAUGCAGUUCAUCUACGAUACCUACCCUGGUGGAAGCUUCGAUACCCGCCCACUCAAUUUUAGCGAUGUCUCCGCAACUUUGUCCAUCCGCAAGGCACUCCUUGUUAAAGUCUUCCAGACCUUUCCGCACCGUAAAUUCAUUUUGGUAGCUGAUACCAGUAACUCAGAUGUGAUGCGCGAUUAUCCUGAAAUGGCGAAGGAGUUCCCAGGACAGGUCCAAUGCAUAUUCUUGCGCAAUACAUCGUCGACAGACUCUGGAGACAAAUUUCCGUACAAUACUGAGGGCUUCAAAGAUCUCAAUCAACAGUCAUAUAUGUUCUUCAAAGUUCCGGACGAUUUGAUGGGCCUGGAUAUUGUUAACGGGCAGUGCUACAACGCCAGCAUUCCCCAGAACUUGACAUUUGGCUAUCAAGGCUUGCCUUUUGGCAUCAACCUUGGUGAUGGGAGCUCGAAUAGCAGCUCAAAUGGCAGCUCCAGUGAGGGUGGAGCAUUGCACUCGGUAGAUGCCAUAUCCAAGAUGGGAACGUUGGUCAUGCUCGCCAUCGGAGCUGUGGUCUUUAAUAUCAUUUGA